GUCUUGUUCACUCUCAUGCUAACCUCCAAACGUAAACCUCACACCUCUUCCUUUCUUCCACUCUGCUGCCAUUCCUCUCUCACCCCUCUUAAACCAAACUUCCCAAUUCACUUUAUGAGUACUGUCCUCAUUUCCGUUGGCUAAUUAUUUGUGAGAAGGAAUCUCGCUUCGUCACCACUGGACUUAGGUUGCUAGAUUCUUCGGUCCCUAAUUGAACUGGUUCAAUCGACUGCAUUCUACUGCAGCCACUCGGCCCUUCGCUUACGCUGCUUUUUAGUAUUAACUCACCAUGACCGAGCCAGAGGAUGUUGAAGAAGACCUGUUUGCAGAUCUGUAUGAUGUGGAUGAGACCGCGCACCAACCAACUUCAGCCGUUGAUGCCCCAGUUACCUCGGAGCCUAUAGCUUCGGUCCUCCCGACUCAGUCGGCCGGUCUUCCUGCAACACAUGCCUCCGACGCCUCUCAUAUUGAAACGGAAGACAUUCGCGGUGUACACCAACAGCUCCUACAGGAUGGAGCUCACCAACAUGGCACAGGCAAUUUAGAUUCUGGAUUCACCAAUACUAUCACCCCUAUUUCGGGGGAAACAGAGCAUCACGGAACCGGGAUCAAAGAAGAUGGGAAGAUGUUUAUUGGCGGUCUCAACUGGGAAACAACUGACCAAUCCCUAAAGGACUACUUCUCUCAGUUCGGAGAGGUACAGGAAUGCACUGUGAUGCGAGACAGUGCUACAGGUCGCUCUAGGGGCUUUGGUUUCUUAACUUUUAGAGACCCUAAGACCGUCAAUACUGUCAUGGUCAAGGAGCAUUACUUGGAUGGAAAAAUCAUCGAUCCGAAGCGUGCAAUCCCUCGUGACGAACAAGAAAAGACAAGCAAAAUCUUCGUUGGUGGUGUUAGCCAAGAAGCUAAUGAACAAGACUUCAAACAAUUUUUCAUGCAAUUUGGUCGUGUGAUCGAUGCUACUUUGAUGAUCGACAAGGACACUGGUCGGCCUCGCGGAUUUGGAUUUGUGACAUUUGACAGCGAGGCUGCUGUUGAAGCAGCACUCUCGCGUCCUUUAGAGAUACUCGGUAAGCCUAUUGAGGUUAAGAAAGCUCAACCACGUGGUAAUCUGCGGGACGAAGAGGAUCGCAGGAACCGCCGUGGCAGAGACGGGUUUCGCGAGGGAAGUCAAAUUGGCAGCGAUGGUUCUCAGCCACAAGGCUCUCAAGGGCCGGCCGGCAUGCCUAGUGGCUUGACUCCACAGAUGAUGGCGCAGUAUUGGCAACGGAUGCAGCAAUAUUUUGCUUUAAUGCAGCAACAGAUGGCCGUUGCCGCUCAGGGCCAAGGCAUGGGCGCAAUGGGCAUGGGUGGAAUGAACCCAGCUAUGAUGCAACAAAUGCAGAUGAAGCAGAUGCAACAGAUGCAAAUGGGCAAUAAUCAACAACAGGGAAGCAUGAGUCCUCCACCGCAGAGUCAGACCCCUCAAAUGCAGAAUAUGAUGAAUCCUGCCAUUAUGCAGCAGAUGCAGCAGAUGCAAAACCAAGGUCAAGGAGGACAGAUGGGGAAUGCUAUGAACAUAGGGAGCAGUAGUCCUGGAAAUGUGAACAUGAGUGGAAGUUAUUCAGGACCUCGUGGCGGCCCAGGCUACAACGCUCAUGAGCAGAUUGCCUUUGAACAACAGAAGUAUGAACAGCAGCAGGCUCGUCGGGCCUUGGAAAACCGGGCGUUCUCUCCCUAUCAACAGGGCGGUCCAACUUCCUGGGAAGGUAUGUACGAUGAAGUGCCCCAGCCCAACAUCCCCACGGGACCGCAAGCCAUGAAUCGAGCUGGCAGUAUGGGACGUGGACCGACACCUCAGCCUCAGAGUGCCGCACCAGCCAACGCUCCAACUGGGCCCAAGAAUGCUGGAAAACCUGGAGCAAAUUACCGAGGUGGAGGUCGCGGAGGCCAUCGUGGCUUUCAUCCUUAUGCUCGUGGUUGAUUUGAUGUGUUUCUUCUACUCGGAUGUUGCCAUUCUGACCUCCCUCUUUGUGUGGUGCUGAAUCCAUCCGGCAGCAACCUCUCAGUUACCUAAUCUUCUUUUCAAAAUUUUGCUUUUGUAAGUGGCGGCGGACCAUGAUACCGUGUGUUGAGCUAAGGAUCUCCCCGAAAUUGGUGAUGUGUCUAAUGUACUUAUCCAACGAUGCUGCUCUUGUGUUCUUCAUGAAAAUGCUUCCGACUACCUACUUAUUCCUUCCCCGGAGAAAAGAAAAGAAGAGAGAGCGAGAGAGCGAAAGAAUAGAAAGCAAAAUAAGUAAAGUAAAAUAAUAAUGUAUGGCCGUCGCUGUCAUUGAGUAUCGAGAAAUGGAGGAUUAGUGAACAGCCAGUAUGCACUCGGGAUUUGAAACACAAAUGGAAAAGAAUAGCAUAGAAGGGGAGACUAUGGUUUAAAAACUUAUGAAACUUUACAACUUAACUUGUUACCGGAACUACCAUAAAGUUCACCUCACUCUAAUGCACUACUGGUGUGUUCAUCCCACUGUUGGAAGGGGCCGGCUACUCUAUACGGAUCUCUCCUCAAUUUGAGGCUCACCAUUAAUCCUUCUGUCUGUGUCCUAAUAUAGGCCCAGCUAUUUUACCCCAUAAAGGAUCACCAAACACCAGCAAGAUGAUCAUAUUUAACAUAAUGCUAUUGUUUUAGGCGUGGGCCUUUGUCUU